AUGGGAGGCGUCGCAUCCAUCCCGAGCACGGACCCGGCCUGCACACUGCAAGUCGUCGGGGCCGGAUUCUCCCGCACGGGGACGGUGUCCAUGGCCCUGGCGCUCGAGAAGCUCCUGGGCGGUCCCGUGUGCCACGGCGGCACGCAGAUGCACAUGCUCGGCGACGAGUACGCGCGGCGGUGGGUCGAGGUGUACGAGGCGCGGCACGACCGGCCCGAGCUCCUCAGGCGGCUCAGCGAGGUCACCAGGGGCUUCGUGGGCAUCACCGACAUGCCGGGCGUGCACUUCAUCGAGGAGCUCCUGGAACUGUACCCCGAGGCCAGGGUGGUGGGCGUCAGGAGGGAUGCUGCAAGGUGGUGGAGGAGCGCCAACGAGAUGCACGACAAGAUGACGCCGUGGUAUAUGGAUGUGCUGUUGUGGCCUGUGCCGACUUCGAGGUGGUUUGCGCGGUGGCAUGAGCUUGCUAUGGAGAGGACUGAGGAGUUGGGGCUGUUGCCGUUCGGGCCUGACUAUCUUGACAGAUAUAACGAAUGGGUGACCAGAAUUGUACCGGAAGAGAAGCUCGUAUGGAUGGAAAUGAAGGACGAGUGGGAACCGCUAUGCAAAAUGCUUGACAAACCAAAACCUGACUCACCUUUCCCAAGAGCGAAUGACUCUGAGACUGCAGAAGGUCUGAUCAGAGAAAAAGUCAAGAAAGCCACAUUAAUAUGGAGUGGAAUAAUAGGGGCCAUCGCCGUCUCUGCAGCGUUUGCUCACCGUAUAUAUAGGCGUACGUAG